GCUCAGCACACUUGGUCUGAGGCGUCGUUUGGGAUGUAUAGAUCCUGAAAGAGUUAUAAGGGCUAUUCAGAAUGAGCUGCAAGGUAGUGGUACCUGUCUCGGUUACAGAAGCAUGACUGAACGCCUAAGAAAUGUUCAUGGUCUCAGAGUACCAAGGCAUAUGGUCAUGGAGAUACUGAGGAUUGUCGACCCAGACAGAGUAUCUGCCCGAAGGACCCAACGUUUUUCAAGACGACUGUACAGUAACAAGGGACCCAAUUAUCUUGUACAUAUAGAUGGCUACGACAAGAUUACACCAUUUGGUUUUGCUAUUCACGGCGCUAUUUGCGGCUUUUCAAGACGAAUACUAUGGCUCAAAGUUGGCAGAAGUAACAAAGAUCCAUAUGUUGUAGGUCACUAUUUCCUGCACUACGUGGACAGUAUUGGAGGGGUUCCCCGCUGCAUAAGAAUGGACAGGGGGACUGAGAACGUAUUUAUUGAAGAUAUACAAAAAGCAAUGAGGUGGUCACACACGGAUGAUAUGGCAGGAGAAAACAGUGUCUUGUAUGGCAGUUCUCACAGAAAUCAGAGAAUAGAAAGAUGGUGGUUGUCCUUGAGACAAAAUGGUGCGGAUUACUGGAUCAACUUGUUCAAGGACAUGGAAUCUCAGGGCAUUGUAUCAACUGACAACAACCUUCACAUGGAGUGUUUGAGGUUCUGUUUCACUCGGCUGAUACAGACUGAGCUUGACCAGAUCGCCAAUGAAUGGAACCAGCACAGGGUUAGGCGAACGGGGGCAGAUGUCAGUGGAAAGCCAGAUCUUCUCUUUUUUCUUCCAUCUGAAUAUGGCACUGUUGAUUUCAAGACUGAAGUUGACGCACGAGACAUCCACGCUAUUCAGUCAAUGUGCACCAUACCUCGCCCUUCGGGAUGUGAAGAAGAGUUCGAAGACGUCUGUCAGAAUCUCCUAAUCCUCAACGGGAAGACAGAGCCAAAGGAUACCCAGGAAGCUCUUGACCUAUAUGCUUGGCUCGUGUCAAAACUGGAGGGAAACGUGCAUCAAAUAUGACUUUAUUAAAGAAUGUUAGGAGACAUGGAGUCACAUUUUUCAAACAGUUCAAACCUCUUCAUCUGAAGCAUCUUGUCACUUUCAUUAAUGCCCCCCUUUUAUAUGACUCUCAUGUAGGCGCCGAAUUAUUGUUAGGAUUACAAACAGAGGGUUUGACUUUAAACCCGAACUAAUAAUUAUUCCAUACGAAUAACAUACUGAAAAUAAUGGUUGAAACAAAACCGUAAUCAACUUUUCAAUUAUAAAUCAUGUCUCACGCAAGUACUGUCUUGUGUAAAAUACUAUUCACUGUAAACUAAAAUUCAAAAGAGAUUAUAAAUGUAGGCCAUUUGUCAUCUUCAAAACUGUUACCUUCGUAGUAUGCACAUUCGAAAUAUACAUUGUUUAAAUAAAAACGUAAUGAGCCUGUCGUGUGUAAAAAUACUCUCUACACCAAUUACGUUUCUGAAUGUCUUACUCAUAUGACGGAACUGUAUAAAAUGAUAUUAAGUUCUACUAUUUCUCAAUUGUUAAAAGUAAUGUAUGUGUACAUCUUUCCAUAGAUUCUGAAUCACAGGUGUUGACAAACUAAAAGAGAAUAAUAACUGAAGUUGCUAAAUGAGCUCAUAAGGACACAUUUGUCUCAUUAUCCAAGUGAUAUUCUAAACAAAGCAAUGCCUGCAUGUAUCCAUGCAAUGCAUAGAAACAGUAUUUACGUAGUCCAAACAUAAGUGUCAUAAGAAGGUUAAUGUGAUGCUAACAUAAUAAUGGUAUAUUCUGGUUAGCUUUUCCUGUGUUGUUAGGUAAAUGAUUAUUCUAUUUCAAGAUAAGAGUGUAUUUUAAUACACGUAUAUUUAUGCAGCUUGUACAAUGUAUUACAUGAUCAAAGGGUCUUAAUUCCCCCUACAGGUCGUGUAAUAACUAUGGAACCGUACAACUACAUCUUUACUCUGUAGUAAAUAGGUGGACUUUUACAGCUGCAACCAUGUUCCUUUUGAACAUAUCAUAACACGCAAUUAGCGGCAAAGAUAAUGUGUUUGAACAUGUGUUGGCGAACGGAAAGUUCUCUUUUGCCUCUGCUGAAAGUGGGUCACACUGGUGAAACGUUAGGGUUGGCUGCGGUCGGAGACCAAGUGGCGGAAC